AUGGCUACUCUGGCUACUACUGCAUGCACCUGCCGGUCGGUUGAAAUCUUGGACCAGGAGUUUGACGAGGCCCAAGCUAGGACUCUGAUCCCUGCCUUGAAUUCUCACUUAGGACAUCUGCGCCGUCUUCUUGCAAAGUCCAAGGCACUCUCCCAUGCUGUACAAUACCAUAUCACACCACGCCAUCAGAGAACAAUCAAAGCAUUAUCUGUUGGUUCGGUUGAUCUCCAACCUAUUAAUGAGUUGCAACAGCAAUUUGGAGAGAAACUUGGUGAGUUUUGGACCGUGUCUGCUAAAAAUGUCAACGCCGAACUGCGUAGGCGGCUCGCCUGCGUCGUAGUAUUUCUCAGCUCGAAGUUAGAUACGCAGGCGAUAGUGCCUCCGCAACUCGCUUAUCUAUUUCCCGGUAAACACUGCUACUCAGACAUUCGAAAUUCUGGCAGAAAGUACAUUCAAAUUGCGCAAAAAUUGCGCGACCUUGGGGCCAUUCUUUGGCUUCCACUAGAAAUCCCUCCUUCAACAUACGAAAGAUACAUAAGUCUAGACGAUGAAGAUAUUUUCAGUCACUUAAUUUCACUUGCUCCACAUCUUGAACAGUAUACGGGGUUCGUUAAGCGACUGAUCCUACACCAAUUACGCGAAACCACGUUAUUACCCUCAUACUACAAUCUAGUUGUCGAUUAUGCAGAUCUCAUUGGGGGCUCAGACCAGCUUCUGCUCCUACUUCACGUCCUCGGGGGAAAGGCUAUUCCUGAAAUGUUGCUGACCAACGUUUCUUUUCCGCAACGGAGAUGGAACAAGGAAGGGGAGGUGGAAAAUGUCAGCAUUUACGAAAUCGGCCUCCCCAAUGAACUUGUCAAACUCUUAUUAGACCCCGCAGCUCUUUCACGCGCGAGAACAAGUCCCUACAUCAUAAAAGAAACUCUGGAUGACGCCACAUCGACCCUGUCCUUGUGUCCUGGGUUAUCUUCGAGAUUGACUCGCGUUUUACUCCCUCGAACUAUAAACGAAUAUGGAAUCACGGCAGUCAAGCUAUUGUGCUUUGUUUGCCAACCAUGCUACGAGGGCAACAUAGACUGGUCCCCCUCACAGAAAGAAUACAUUUGGCCAAUCAUAGAGAAAGCUAUAACAACGUACAAGGUCCCGACAGCGCUCAGAGAACAGGUUCUAGAGGUUACUCUGUUCUUCGCCGAAAGGGACUGGGUUGGCAUUCGUCACGCUGCAGUCAACCGUGCUCAAGCGCUUCUGCGCAAAUCGAUGCCAUACUAUCUUCUUGCUUCAGUUGUGCUAUUUCGUAGCACUUUAUACCGCAUAGACGGAGAGUUCGCUAAGUCAGAGGCACAUGUACGCGAGUUUAUGUGGCGAGGUCCGCAUCCCAGCACUCGCCGGGACCAUGCGCUGCAAGGACGUCUACACAUUUCUCAAGUGGAGAAUAAGAUUAGAUGUUUCGAUAAUAAUGUGCCCUCGUUAAUGUACGAAUGGACGUCAAAGUCGCCGAUAUCAACCUUGGAGCUUGAGGUAACUUUCAGGCUUCAGAGUACUGUGGCCCGCUUUUUUCAAUCUGUUGGCGAUUUCAGUGCGGCAAAGGCUUCCUUGGAACAAAUUUUGUCCCUUAACCAAGCGAAACCUAUCCGUGGUAACACACGCCGAGUUUUAGCUGGGAGGCUUGCUGAUUUAUACUGCGAGAUGGAGGAGUAUGGUAAGGCUAUGGAGAUGCUCCAGUCUGAAUUUCACAGUAUAGACAAAGCCGCACGUGCACGACGUCCCUUCAGACGGCUCUUACUUGCGUCUGUUGAUGCCAGUAUUGGAAUGCAAAGGUUCAAUGCCGCGGGGCAAGCUCUAGAAGAACUCAAAUACGCCGAGCCUCUCGGAUUGGAUAACCUGCACGACCAGCAACUACACAUGCGUGCAUUCAUCUCCAAGGCCCGUAUGGCUCACGUCGAAGCCGAUCUUGACAAGGCUGUGCUACUUUGGAAAGUUGCGCUUCACGAGGUUCAGCGCAUGCACACUCUGGGGUCAGGGUACGGCUUCACUGCCGCAUUAAUACAGCUUUCUUUGGCUCACGCCCAGCUUGCCACUGGUGACCAUAUUAACGGCGCGAGGUCGUGGGCUGCUGGGUCGGAAAUACUAAGAAGCCAAAUUUGCGAGUUUUGGCUCCCGGUUGUACCUACUGCCUGGCUACAAAGAAUAGUUAGGGAUGUUCACGAGUCUCAUGGAUGGUUCUUGCGUAUGAUGCUACCAGGCUCGAAGUCUGACAUUGUGUUACCUUAA